GAUUUCCGGUCACUCGCCGGAAGGGGCUCCAGGAAGAUGGCGAUCCUGAAGGUGAAGCAGGACUUACCGCCUCCAGGGGGCUAUGGGCCUGUGGAUUACAAAAGGAACCUCCCCCGGAGAGGGUUGUCAGGUUAUAGCAUGUUUGGGAUUGGAAUUGGAGUUUUAAUCUUUGGAUACUGGAGACUAUUCAAGUGGAACAGGGAGAGAAGACGCCUGCAAAUUGAAGAUCUGGAAGCCCGAAUAGCAUUGCUACCUCUACUGUAUGCUGAACAGGAUAGGAGGACUCUGCGUAUAUUAAAAGAGAAUCUUGAGGAAGAGGCUAAAAUUAUGAAGGAUGUUCCAGGCUGGAAGGUUGGGGAGAGUGUUUACAACUCUGAUCGCUGGACCACACCAACAGUGGAGGAACUGUUUAACUUGCGACCACAGGAAGAAUACCUCCGAGCAAAAUACGGGUUCCAGUGGUACGUGUGAGAACUUUGACCAAGGAUUUGAUCUUUGGCUCCCGGAAGGUGCCCUUCAGAAGAACUCUUUUCCCCAAGUGUGAUAUUAUUAAAACUGACACGUAUUUUGGAA